AUGUCCGACGACAAUACCCAGCAGACACUGCCCGAGCCCGACACCGCGGACUCCGUCGCCGCAGAUGUGGACAUGCCAGAGUUGCGGCUGCCGCACCACCAUCUCUUCGACCAGAUGAUUUCCUGGGGGACCGACAGCGUGCCCUCGCCGCCCUCGGUAAAUAGCGAGAAUGACAAUGCUAUCAGUUUGAAGGUUAUGGGCAUCAUGGGUUGGUCGGCCGAGGGGACGCAGGUCUUUUUGGCGGGUGUAAGGCAGGAUGUUAAGGAUACUAACAUCCAUGCCUACCUCCCGAUAAAUGUCGUCUAUGGCAGAAAACUCGGCGGUCCUCGACUCCUCUUAAUCCUCUACAAACGAGCCUUGCUCAUUAAAUAUUUCUGUUCAAGAGGAGGUUCGUAG